UAGGUGGCUACUAACUUCCACUAACACCACCUCCGCCACCACCAAACCCAACCAAACCAUCUCCUACAUAACCUCUGCCCAUUUCUUUUUCCACCAUAUUCUCCACCAACCUCCAAUGGCUUCCUCUUCAUCUCUUGUUUCCAACCCUUUUCUUGGUUCUUCCAUACUCAGCCACUCCGAUCACCGGAAUCUCUCCAUCUCCACCGUCCAGAUCUCCUUCCGCUCCCCAGCACCGCCCAAAAAGCUCCAAAUAAAUGCGGCGGGUAGUACGUAUGGAACCCACUUCCGUGUUACAACAUUUGGAGAGUCUCAUGGAGGUGGCGUUGGUUGUAUAGUUGAUGGAUGCCCUCCUCGCAUCCCUAUUUCAGAAGCUGAUUUACAAGUGGACCUUGAUAGAAGGAGGCCAGGUCAAAGUCGAAUUACCACUCCUAGAAAGGAGACUGAUACAUGUAAAAUAAGUUCCGGUGUCUCCGAAGGAAUGACUACUGGAACACCCAUCCAUGUUUUUGUACCAAAUACUGACCAGAGAAGCAAUGAUUACAGUGAAAUGUCAAUGGCCUAUAGGCCUUCUCAUGCUGACGCAACUUAUGACAUGAAGUAUGGUGUCAGAUCAGUGCAGGGUGGGGGAAGAUCUUCUGCAAGAGAGACCAUUGGAAGAGUUGCACCAGGAGCUAUUGCAAAGAAAAUUCUGAAGCAAUAUUCAGGAACUGAGAUUCUUGCUUAUGUCUCUCAAGUUCAUAAGGUUAUACUUCCAGAGGAUCGUGUUGAUCAUGAGUCUGUGACACUUGAUCAGAUAGAGAGCAAUAUCGUCAGGUGUCCAGAUCCAGAAUAUGCAGAAAAGAUGAUUGCAGCCAUUGACACAGUCCGCGUAAAAGGAGAUUCUGUUGGUGGUGUUGUCACGUGCAUCGUAAGGAAUGCUCCACGUGGGCUUGGUUCACCAGUAUUCGACAAACUUGAAGCUGAGCUGGCUAAAGCUGUCAUGUCACUACCUGCAACAAAAGGCUUUGAAUUUGGCAGCGGUUUUGCAGGCACUUUUCUUACUGGCAGUGAACAUAAUGAUGAAUUUUACAUGGAUAAUCAUGGAAAAAUUAGGACUAGAACAAAUCGUUCUGGCGGUGUACAGGGAGGAAUAUCAAAUGGUGAAAUUAUAUAUUUGAGGGUAGCUUUCAAGCCAACAUCAACCAUAACAAAGAAGCAAAACACGGUGACUAGAGAAAAACAGGAAACAGAGCUAAUUGCUCGUGGUCGUCAUGAUCCUUGUGUUGUCCCGCGUGCGGUGCCUAUGGUCGAAGCCAUGGUAGCUCUGGUUCUUGUGGACCAAUUGAUGGCGCAAUUUGCUCAGUGCAACAUGUUCCCUCUCAAUCCAGAGCUACAAGAACCCAUGAAGAAUUCAACAGUUGAGCCAGUGAGCAUCUCCAAUUGAAAGGUAGCUAUGUUGCUGUAAUAUAUGAAUUAAUUUACACUAAAUAUGACGAUAAGAUUUUACUCGAAGACGCUUCGACAGUGAGAUUAAAAGUUCAAGGCCGGCUUUUGAUUUAAUUUUUUUAUAAUUAGGUUGGGUGUUUCUAUUCUUGUAAUUGGUGAAUUUGUAAGUGUAUUAUUUUUUGUUUUGCUUUUGAGUUGAAAUGUAAAAGAAUUCAUGUCUGUUUUAUGAAUAAAAACAAAAAUGGGAUCACAGCGAGUAGUUAUGAUCUAUUUCAAUUA